UUGUGUUUGCAAACUUCAGACGGUUCCCUCUUCUCGUGGAGAGGGAGGUUGAGCGCGAUGAGUUGAAACCAACCUCGAGUUGAGUAGCAGGAGACACUCCAGUCACCAUCACGAUGCUUCUCCCAGCAAGCUGUCUAUAUAAGGUCCCGGAGUCCGUCAUCAUCUGGCCGUCACUACCUCCAUCUUCAUCGCAUCAAGCACUGAACUGGCGGUUCAGCUUUAAUCAACUUCCUCCACACUCUCAGCAGAUUCAUUCUCAUCCUGCAGGACAGGUUCUUGUUACUCCGUCCAUCUUUCAACCUCAGAGAAAAAAUGGCAUCCUCUUCGAUCAACAUGAAGGCGGUUCUUCUCUUCACACUCCUCUCCGGAGCAAGACUUGUUGCCGGCCACGGCGCCAUCAUUGCCGCUACCGGAGAUGCCGGUGGCACGGGCAUGGCCCUCGGCGUUGAUACCAGCACGCCCCGCGAUGGGACUCGCAGGAAUCCGUUCCAGCAGGACAGCACCCGAUUCAGGGGCGACGCGGCCGAGACCUUCGGCGAAACCCUUGCAGCCGGUGAUAACAACCUCGAGGCCGGCACACGAGCCAUCAUGGCCGAGACUGGUGACUCGCUGCCUCAAGUCACCGCAGGUGGCGAGGUGCAGAUGACUUUGCAUCAGGUGAACUCGGACGGCGCUGGACCUUAUGAGUGCAUGCUGAACACGGAUGGGACUGGACAAACGUGGAACAACAUCCAAGUUACCCAGAACGUCCCUGGCCGGAACAGCCGCAACAGGGACGGUGAAGCCACCGAUUUCCCGCUCACGGCCUCGAUCCCUGCAGGGACAGAAUGCACCGGUACCGUGGCGGGCCAGGACAACGUGUGCCUGGUCCGCUGCCAGAACUCGGCACGCGCCGGCCCGUUUGGCGGAGUUGUCCCCGUCCAGAUGGCAAACACCACGACGCCGGCGGAAGCUCGCCGCAGGUUGGCCAGGAGCGUUCACAAGUCCGAGACCAAGCUGGCUCGCGUGCGCCGUGCUGUCUCGCUGGCUGACGAGCUUGGCGACCCGGACGUCCUCGCUGAGCUGCUCGAAGACGGUGACAUCAAUAUCUAGACGCCGAAGAGGAAAGUUGGGACUCGACGUCCCAUGCGAGGGGUUUACUUUUUGUUUUGACGGGAUGGUGCAGUGCAUGAGGGCGAGGGAGGGUACUGGUACCUGACCAUUUGGACUGGAUCCUGCCCUGGUGGUUAAGACUCAAGAGACCGGCUAUGCUAGCUGAAAUGCUGUACUAUUGUAUUGUUUGGAAGGAAAUAGAAGGUGAUCGGGGCAGUACCUCGGCCUAGGUUAGUAGCGAAGGCUGAACAUGGGAUCAACAGGAUAACGACUGGAAGAUGCCCUGUAUGGGAAUGUAAACUGGAUGCUAGCAUAAGCCUACUUGGAAUUCAUAGUACAUGUAACUCAC